GAUCUUCAGUUGAAUGUUGGUAGUCGGAUAGGUAGUAUGUACGAGUGAUAACAUCGGAAAUAGGGUCUAUUGACCUUACAGAAAUUAGACAAGGGUCUAUAAAAGUUUUUUGGAUAGCGGUCUCAUAUCGAAGACAUUUUUAAGGCAGCCAUAUAAGUGUGCAAUAUUUUUUAAUUUGGAUUUUGUGAUACCAACCCAAACACCUCAAUGCCUGGAAUAAUGAUUGACGUGGAAUCUCAGUAUUGCCCCUCCCCGAGACGACCCAACAGCCUGGAAUUGACCAGCUGCUUGACCCUGGAAAUGGACAACGACCUGGAGAAUAACAACAAUUCCAUCAACAACAACAACAACAAUGAAGACAACAGCAGUCCCUUCAACAGAAAUCACAACUCGUCUCGGAACAAAAAGAAAAGGAGAAAGGCAGCUGACAUUCCAGAAAAACAGUUUAAUGACCUUUAUAGACCAACAGGAGAAAUGCUUGGGAAUGGAUCGUAUGCUUCUGUUCAAACUUACAAAAAUAACCAUAGCAACAAGGAGUAUGCAGUAAAGAUAAUUGAAAAGAAUAAUGGAAGAUCUAGGAGCAAAGUUUUCAAAGAAAUUGAGAUAUUCCAUUUGUGCCAAGGACAUGAGAACAUCUUGCAGCUUUAUGAGUAUUUUGAAGAGUCGGAGCGGUUCUACCUUGUGUUUGAUAAAAUGCAAGGAGGUACCCUUCUUGCUAACAUCGAAAGGCGAGGUCACUUGACUGAGAGAGAAGCAAGUUUAGUGGUUCGUGACAUAGCCAGAGCUUUAGAUUUUCUUCACCGUAAAGGAAUUGCCCAUAGGGAUUUAAAACCUGAAAAUAUUUUGUGCGAGAAAACAGAUGAGGUGGUUCCAAUUCGAAUCUGUGACUUUGACCUUGCCAGUGGUGUUCCGGUCAGUCAGAAUGACAACUGCACCACCCCUGAAUUACUCACCCCAGUUGGUUCUGCUGAGUACAUGGCACCUGAGGUUGUGGACGCCUGGGUCGGAGAGUCGUUCAAGUACGACAAAAAAUGUGAUCUGUGGAGUCUUGGAACCAUACUGUACAUCAUGCUUUGUGGAUACCCGCCUUUCUACGGUCAGUGUGGAGAGGACUGUGGGUGGGAGAAGGGAGAGCCAUGCCAGGACUGUCAGGACAGCCUCUUCACCAGAAUCCAAGAGGGCAUCUUUGACUUUCCUGAUAAUGAGUGGUUCAACAUCUCACCAGACGCUAAGGAUUUGAUCCAGAAACUCCUGGUGAGGGACCCCAGAAAGAGGCUCUCUGCUGUGGAGGUUCUUCACCACCCCUGGGUGCAGACAUCUCCAGCUCCCACUCCGCUGGCAACACCAAGAGUACUCACCAGGAACAACAGCACAAAAGACUUGGAGUGCUAUGCCAGCGAAGUAAUAUCCAUGAACCGCAUGAUGCAGCAACACUUGCUCAUUUCCGAGCCAACUUCAUUCUUCAUUGGCAACCGCGACGAAGACUUGUUGGAGGAGUUGUUAGAGGAAACAGACUCUGGGGAUGAUCUCUUUAUGCCCUCCAUAAAACUCUCUCCUCCCUGCUCAGGACUUGCCAAGAGACGCACCUGUACAACCCUGAGGAACUUGAACACCUCGGGAGAGCAGAGUGACGGUGUUGACUCGCUUCCAAGUUCACAUUCCUCCACCUUUGGUGUGAGCGUGUAGUCAUUUCAUCAUUUCCAUUCUAGCAUUUCUUGCUUAGAAAAUAUUCAGGGAUCUUGUGUGUAUAUUGAUUCAGAGUAUAUAUAGCUACAUUUAAAAACAAUUUUCUGAAAAAAGAUAUCCAAAUGUCUUUCAAGUCUUUAUAGGAAAAAAAAAAUUUGAGACAUAUUGUCUUCAUUGUGAGAGAGGGGAAAGAUUCACGAAAGUUUUGAAAAAACAAAUAGAUGAGUGCUCUUAAAGAACAUUAAGCAAUCAAAGAAAUCAAUGUUCAUGUGUCUAUGUGAUGUGUAAAUGUGUAUGAUUGAAAAUGAAAAAAGAUAGGUGUGAUGAGUACUUGAUGGUUGUGAAAAUGAGAUUAGUAUUUUUUCAAAUGCAUUUCUGUUCAGAAAUGUUCUCAUUGUUAUAUUUUUUAAUUGUCCAUGUGUUCGAUUUUAUCUGUUUUAAAUGUUUCCAUUUGUAUUUUUUACAAUUGUUUCAUAGAAUUGAAUUCAAAUUGAGCCAGUCUUGAUAUUAGGACAGAGCAAUUGUGUAAAUAAUCGAUCGAUGAUUUCCAAAAUUUCUUCGACAGUUUUGUUGAAGAUGCAUUCUACAUGUGUACUUUGAUAACUUUUAAAAACCGGUAAUUUGCUCUCUUUCUCAGAUAUGAACAAAACCAUUUCGCAUUUUUGAUACCAAUACACUCUUAGCAAUUUAAAAAAAUUUUUUUCGUCAAAAAUGUGAAACUUAAGUUUUGUGUUUUGUAACAGUGCCAUUUUAACAUGAAAAGAGAGAGAGAGAGAGAAGGAGAGAAAUAUAUACAAGCUAGAGGCAAGACACA